AUGGACGCCAUCAAGAAGAAGAUGCAGGCUAUGAAGAUCGAGAAGGACAACGCUCUCGAUCGAGCCGAUGCCGCCGAAGAGAAAGUCCGCCAGAUUACCGAAAAGUUGGAGCGAGUCGAAGAGGAGCUCCGUGACACACAAAAGAAAAUGAUGCAGACGGAAAAUGAUUUGGACAAAGCUCAGGAAGACUUGGCAGCCGCCACCAGUCAACUCGAAGAGAAGGACAAGAAAGUGCAAGAGCAGACAUCGUUGCUCGAUGUCCUCAAGAAGAAAAUGCGCCAAGCCCGCGAAGAGGCUGAAGCUGCAAAGGACGAAGCCGAUGAAGUGCAACGACAGCUCGAAGAGGAACGUAAAAAGCGCGAGGACGCUGAAGCUGAAGUGGCAGCAUUGAAUCGCCGUAUUGUGUUGGUUGAGGAGGAUUUGGAACGUACCGAAGAUCGUCUGAAAAUUGCCACAUCCAAAUUGGAAGAGGCUUCGAAGGCAGCCGAUGAGGCUGAACGGUUAGCUGAGGCAGAGGUAGCUGCCCUAAACCGUCGUAUGACUCUUCUCGAAGAGGAGCUUGAACGUGCCGAAGAACGUUUGAAGAUCGCCACUGAAAAACUCGAAGAGGCUACUCACAAUGUCGACGAGUCCGAGCGCGCCCGCAAGUCAAUGGAGACGCGUUCCCAGCAGGAUGAGGAGCGCGCGAACUUCCUGGAAACUCAGGUCGAUGAGGCAAAGGUGAUCGCAGAAGACGCCGAUCGCAAAUACGAAGAGCUCGAAGAUCGUUGGAAAAUCGCGUCGACGUCGAUGAGGAUCGUUGUGCCGAGCUCGAAACGAAACUACGUGAAGCUCAAGCUCUUCUGCAUGAAACAGAGAGUCGCCCGUAAGCUGGCUAUGGUUGAAGCUGAUCUCGAAAGAGCCGAAGAACGUGCUGAAGCCGGAGAGAACAAGAUCGUCGAAUUGGAAGAGGAGUUGCGUGUGGUCGGAAACAACUUGAAGUCGUUGGAACUUUCCGAAGAGAAAGCCCUUGAGAAAGAGGAUAUUUUCGCCGAACAGAUUCGCCAGCUCGACUUCAGAAUGAAAGAGAUCGUCGAGUUGGAAGAGGAACUCCGUGUCGUCGGAAACAACUUGAAGUCACUUGAGGUGUCUGAAGAAAAGGCCCUUCAACGUGAAGACUCAUACGAGGAACAGAUCCGUACUAUCUCAGCUCGUCUGAAGGAGGCGGAAACCCGUGCCGAAUUCGCUGAGCGUUCCGUGCAGAAACUCCAAAAGGAAGUCGACAGACUGGAGGAUGAAUUGGUACAUGAGAAGGAGAGAUACAAGGCAAUUUCCGAGGAGCUUGACUCGACCUUCCAAGAACUGUCCGGCUAUUGA